ACGCUGGGGUCGCGACUCAUGUGACUUGCGAAAUGGAGCUGUGUGAGGAUGUAAACAACAUGGCUGAAGAAAAAUAAAAAUGCGAAAGGAUUCAUUUUCUGUUAAAAACGAAGACGAAGGAAGGACAGCGUAUCUGAUAUAUUUUUACAGAGACGACCGUACAGUAUCCGAAAUCUUACCGAUUUGUUUUUUUUUGUCGAACGGAAGCAAAACUGUCUCGCUUGUUUUGACGGGGGUGUUUUUUGUUUUUUUUUAAUGAGAAGAAAUAAAAUAUACCUAGAAAUAUAUAUUUUAAAAGCGUUUACGCAGGUUUAUUCAGUAUCCUGACGUGUUUGUCACAAAGUACAAGUUUGAUACGUAAAAUAGAUAAUGGAGCUCUGGGUGUAAAAUUGAAUCGUUUUCUUUUCUUAAAAAAAAAAAAAAAAAACAACAAUACUUGAUUUAAAUAUUGUAGGGUAUCGUUUUUGAAUAUUUAAGUUUUCUGAAAUUUUAAACCAAGAUUUAAUGUGCCACUGAAAGUAAAAUAAAAUCUGUUUGGCACUUCCUUACACUUCGCAGUUCAUAAACAAGUUAAUAAAAACAGCACUCCGAUAUUACGGAUGUGGCUUGUUUCUGUUAUUAAGCUUUUUACUAGUUAAUUAAUUUCAACUAAACCUUGCAAUACCGAGGAUUUUUUUUUUUAAUUUUUAAAUGCCCGCAGGUUAGGGCAAUUAACGUUGCUGAAAUUUUUAAUUGAGUAAAUUACGGUAACUUACUUUUUUUUUUCACCUCAGGUAACUUUUCACAACACAAUAUAUUACUGUAACUUAACUUUCAUUUGAAAGAAAAUAUUAGUUAAGACGUAGUAGUAUCUCAAAUAAAUAAUAAAAAACGAUAUUUCAUUUAUAUUAAAUAUUGUAUGAUUUGUCGCAGUCGUCCUCGUCGGUUAAACUGCGAAGCGACCGUUAGUGCGCGUGCUGUAUAUAAAUUUGAAUUCCAGUGAAUGGGCUCUCGCAGCAGCUCGAGCGCAGCUGCCAUGUCGGGAUCGCGCCGCAGCGCAGACGGAGCUGAGCCGAGCCGAGACGGGACAGACACCAACAGGAACCCAAAUACGAGCCGAAAUAACCGAAGCGGGAACGAACCGAGCCGCAACCGGGCCGCCGGGGCUUCGUCGGGGAGCAACCGGGCGGCGUCUUGGAGCGGGUCCGGGGCGGCAGGGCCCUCAAGCGGGAGAGCUGAAGAGGACGUGGAUUUAGCCCAAGUACUGGCGUAUCUUCUUCGGAGGGGCCAGGUCAGGCUGGUGCAUGGGGGCGGGGCCACAGGCUUGCAGUUGGUCCAAAUGCACUCGGACUCUGACUCCGACAGUGAUGGAGCGUGGGAGGGGAGACUGGGAGACCAAUACAACCCUCCAGUGGAUUUGAACCCUGACACUUGUGAAGUGGACCGCAGUGAAAUCAAGACUCAGAUUCGAUUGGCUACCGGAGCAGCAGGGUCAAAGGUCACCAAGAGUUUCGCCGGGCUCCUGAGACAGAGGGAGCAAGGCCGUUGCCUUAGUAGCAGUUUCUCUCACGGAGAGUGUUCAGACAUCAGAUCGCAUUUCCUCCCCAAUCACAUGACUCACAAAGAGACGUUCCAGCAGAAAGCGUUCUGUGGCGUUUACUCAAAAGACGGGUCGAUAUUCAUGUCAGCCUGCCAAGAUCAGAACGUACGUCUCUAUGACACGCGGGACGGUCGGUUUCGACUCUUCAAGACCAUCAAGGCCCGUGACGUGGGCUGGAGUGUGCUGGACGUGGCCUUCACCCCUGACGGAGCCCACCUGCUCUACUCCAGCUGGUCCGACUACAUUCACAUCUGCAGUAUCGAUGGAGACAGUGAGAGCCACACCGCGCUGGACCUGAAUCCAGAUGAGCGCAGGUUCUGUGUUUUCUCACUCACCACCUCCUCAGACGGAAGAGAGAUCUUGGGAGGGGCUAACGAUGGGUGCCUGUACGUUUUCGACAGAGAGCAGAACAAGCGAACGCUCAAGAUCGACUCUCACGAGGACGACGUCAAUGCGGUCUCCUUUGCGGACGCCUCCUCUCAGAUCCUGUUCUCCGGAGGGGACGAUGCUCUGUGUAAGGUGUGGGACAGACGCACGCUCCGGGAGGACAGCCCACAGCCUGUGGGACAGCUAGCGGGACACAGGGACGGGAUCACAUUCAUCGACAGCAAGGGAGACGCUCGCUACCUCAUAUCGAACUCUAAGGAUCAGACGAUCAAACUCUGGGACAUUCGCAAGUUCUCUCCCAAAGAAGGGCUGGCUGCUUCCAGACUGGCUGUGACUCAACAGAACUGGGACUACCGCUGGCAGCAAGUACCCAAGAGAGCUCUGAAGAGGCACCGGCUCCCGGGGGACACGUCUCUCAUGAGCUACCGGGGCCACGGGGUCCUGCACACCCUGAUCCGCUGCCGGUUCUCACCCGAGUUCAGCACGGGGCAGAGAUACAUCUACACAGGCUGCUCCACAGGCAGGGUCGUGGUGUACGAUGUGCUGACGGGAGGGAUUGUCACCAAGCUGUGCAAUCACGAUGCCUGUGUGAGAGACGUGAGCUGGCACCCCUACCAGGAGAGCAUUGUCAGCAGCUCUUGGGACGGAGGCGUGCGGCUCUGGGAAUACAGACAGAACCAGUUCUACCAGGACGACCUCCUGAACGAGGGAAUGAGGCACAGGGGAGGGAGAGGAGGAGAGGGAGACAAACGAGAGACCGGGGAAGAGCAGGAGGAGCAUGGGGAGUGAGAGACAGAGAGAAAGAGCGAGAGAGAGAGAGAGUGCGUGUGUGUGUGUGCCGCGGGGGGGGGGGGGGUUGUCGAAAUAAUAAUAGUACAGUGUUUCAUGUUAGAUUUGAAAAUUUGCAAUUCAAUAUGUUAACA